UUCUUCGCCCGGUGCCCGCUCGCCCCUCCCUCACGGCUCGGGGGCCCGCGCGCGCGUGCGCCCGCGCGUGCGCGACGUCGUGAGCGUGGGAGCCGUUGAGGCCGUUGCGGCGCGGAGGCGGCGGCGGCGGAGGCGGCGGCUCGGGCGGCCGGCGGGCCCGGGCGGCGGCAUGCCGCGGGACAACAUGGCCACGCUGAUCCAGCGCAUCGCCCGCCAGGCGCGGCUGACCUUCCGCCGCGGCGGGGGCGGGGCGCCCGAGGCGGCCUUCCCCGAGAACCUGCAGCAGCUGCAGCAGCUGCUGAGCCAGCUCCGCGCCGAGGACCUGAACAUCAACCCGCGGCGGGCCACGCUGCCCUCGCCGCCGCCGGCGCGGCCGCCGCACCUGCCGCCCGUCACCUACAUGCACAUCUGCGAGACGGCCGAGUUCAGCCUGGGCGUGUUCCUGCUCAAGAGCGGCACGUCCAUCCCGCUGCACGACCACCCGGGCAUGCACGGCGUGCUCAAGGUGCUGUACGGCAAGCUGCGCAUCAGCUGCCUGGACCCGCUGCCGGGGCCGGGGGCGCCGGGGGAGCAGCCCCCCCAGCAGCAGCAGCCCCCCGCCGCCCCGCCCCGCUUCGACCCCCCGCUGCGGCCCGCCCAGCGCGCCGCCCUGCGCCGGGCCCUGCUGCGCUCCCGCGCCGAGUACACCGAGGCCAGCGCGCCCUGCCUGCUCAGCCCGCACCGCGACAACCUGCACCAGAUCGACGCCGUGGACGGGCCCGCCGCCUUCCUGGACAUCCUCGCCCCGCCCUACGACCCCGACGACGGCCGCGACUGCCACUACUACCGGCUGCUGGAGCCCGCCGCGCCCCCCGCCGCCGGCCCCGCCCCCGGCCCGGCCGCGCCGCUGCCGCUGCCCCGGGAGGUCUGGCUGCUCGAGACGCCGCAGGCGGCCGAUUUCUGGUGCGAGGGCGAGCCUUACCCGGGCCCCAAGGUCACGGCGUGAGCGGCGCGCCCCUCGGACCCCGGGCCGGGCGGCCCAGAGGGGCGGGGAGGAGCCCCGGCGCUUCCAUCCUAAAGCCAUAAAGAAUACUCUUCCUCCCUCCCCCCCCUCGGGUCCUGGGAUAGAAACUUACCGAGGGGCGUGUUCACGCGCCCCUCAGUGCGCCCCGCGACCGUCUGUGUGGGAGACCCUCUGGUUUGAACGCUCCCGGUUCAGGUCGCUGGUGAAGGGAAAGUUCGAACCGGGGUGCAGGGGAGUGGCGAGAGCAGACUCCUUUAAGAGACGGGGAUGAAACCAACAUAACUAACUAUGCAUGCCUCUGGACAGGAUGUUUCCUUUGGGGGACUUGGAGAGCCAGCGGCCAGCCCCUCUUCCUUGGCCCGGCCCGGCCCCCGGAACAGCGCGCCCCGGCCCAGGCUGGCAGGGGGCUAAGGAAAGGGGCUGGCCGUGCCGGGGACCCUCCGAAGACUUAGGCCUACGACUCCCACGUACUUGGGAAAAGUCCCCUCAAUCGUGACCCUCCUCCUCCUUUUCUAAAAGUUCUUUUGGGUAAUUCUGCAUUUCCAAAUCCAUCGGAGGACAUGGAAGAGCUGCAUUUUUUAUGCUUCCAGGCAGUUGAAUGUAAAACCCUCCCAGCCUGCAGUUAAAUUCCAUAUCCCCCACUUCCAACAAUUUCCUGCCAAAGCUGAAAACAUUAAUAUGGUGACAAAUGUUUCACUUUCCCUCCAAGACUUCUAAUCAAGUGAUCUAAUGUGCCAGUGAACCGGGCUUCCAGCUGUGUUGCUGAUGUGUUCAGUUGUGUCCUCGUUGGCAGCCUGGCCCAGGAGCUCUCCAAGGAAGCUGUGGCUAGGAGAAGGCCUAGCUCCAGCUUCACCCCCACUCCCACCCACCCCAGUUGUCCCACGUUUGUCAGGGUGCAGAUGACACAGGCUGAGAAUAGAGGAGAGGACAGUGUGUCAUUAAAGGCACUGAGGUGUUGGACCAAACCCUCCCAGCCCCCUGUUAACUAACAGUCAAUAUCUGGGAUCAGGGGGUUUGUGGUUGGUUUAUUGUGGUUUUGUUUUUUUUUUAACUAGGCUACUGAGCAACUUCACUUUUGUAUACAGAUGUAUGAGACAAUUCGCUUCAGACUUAUGGAGCCUGAUUGUUUCCCUCUUUAUACUAUUCCUAGGAUUUACUUUUUCAUAGAACUUUUAAUAAAAGCGAGUUGUAGAAAUAAACUCCUUAAACUUUGCCCAGCUGUCGUGGACGAAGUCAUGAUUGACUUGCCCAUGUGGGGAUGUGUGAGUUCCAACCUUUCUAAUAAGGGAAAAUAUUUUGCAGUUGGUGAAAGAUGUUCAUCCUGCAGGGAAACUGUGCCUAUACCUCCUUAUGCAUACUGGGUAACAGAGGCCCCUGUGUAGGGGCUCUCUUGAUUCCUUGCUUUUACAGAAAAAUAAAUGAAUCAAUUCCACAAGGGAUCCUUUUUUUAUUAUUUAAAUACCUGCUGAAUUUAUGACAUACCACUGUUGUGGUACUCAUAGACACAUCCCCACGUCUCUUUUUCCAUGUGUACUAACUAAAUGUUUGUGGGGGUGGGGGAGGUAGGGUUCUGUUCAGAUCUUUUUUAUUAUAGUCUGAUAUCCCAAUGUGUGGUUUAUACACCUUUAGACAAUUCGGGGCAGCUCUUUACCUAGCUCAGAAAGCUCAAAUAUUAAAUACAAUAAAUGCUAUAUAUGCAACUCAGUUUACUUACAAAAGCAUUAACAUAAAACGUGUUCCUUUGGUAUUUUUUUUAGCACAGUGAUGAAUGUAUUAUGGUAUGGUUGUGGCAUACCUACUUUUGGAAAUACAUUGUCGAAUAGAAGCAAUUAACUUAGAUAAAGUGUUACUUGUAAUUUAUGUAGAAUUUGACAGUAAUACAGCUGAUUCUAUCUAACUGACUUUUGCUAACUCAUUCUGCAGUGGGACAGUAAUGACGGCGAGUUCUACCUUAUUCUUCAGAAUUCCAUUCAGAAAAUGAAUAAGGUUCUCAGACAAGCAACAGCUUUUGGAAAGGCUUAAGGUGCUUUUCAAAAGUUUCCCAGAAAAGGAACAAUCUCCCUUGUUUUUUGGUUUUCAAUGGAUUGUUGUUCUACAAAAUGGACACGGCUUGCCUUGGUUUCCCUGGGCAGUGCGUUACAGGACAACAAAAUGCACCCUUUCCAGAGUUUACCAUUCUGGAAGAGAAUCCCCCUCAUGGAAGACUUAGGGACCAGGGAGCAAAGAGGGCCAGAGGAUUCAGCUGGCACCUCGAUGCACUUAACAGACUCCAGAUGCUGCUAUUUUGUGCUCCCUCCUCCCCUCCCCCACGUGGACUGUUCAACAACCAGAUGGAGAGAUGGCUUCUUGUGGUAUUGUGUACACCUACCCCUAAGAAUAGAGGGUGUUUUCUUGUUUAUUACAAUAGAAGAGACUGAUGAGCACACUGAAAUGAAUGAACAUUUUUCUGUUUAAUACAAAAAUGCAAUAAAUUCCUCUUACGGGUGAGAAGUGUUCAAUAUAAAUGUGUCUAAAACUUUUUCCCUUGAGUAGUACUCGAGUGGAAAAUCGUAUGUACCCUUACUAUUUGGCAAGAACUGUUUUUAAUAAGCAUGUUUUGCAUGGAUUAAAAUGUGCUUGAGUUGCUAUUUAUUAAUGAAAGUGCCAGUAUAUUCAAGUAGCGUGCAUGUUCUCAAUAGCGUGGAUUCCUUGAUUCCAUUAACAGCUGUAACUUCCUUGAGUCCACCUGUUUUAUCCUUUUUACACUCCUUUUCCUUAACACUGCCUCAGCCACGUCAGCUUUGGAACAAUCUAGUCCUUGCUGAUCCAUUCCCAAUGAUUCUGUGACUUGUACUAGUUCUGCUGCUCAGAGAAGGAGCAACAUAUGUUUAAUUUAGAACACUUUAGCCUCAGAUGUUCCACUGUGAUCAAAUGGCAGAAGGGUGAUGCUACCCCACCUUAAUGAUCUAUGAAGGAGAACUUGGAGAUUCCAACUAUUUCAAGGAGCAGGUGACUGAGAAUAGGGAUUGAUUGCUUAGAAUGCAGUGAAGCAUCUAUUGUCAAAUGCAAAAACUAUUUGCUAAGCCCAGUGUAGAUUCUGCUGCUUCUUAUGGGACUGUUUGGAGUUUCUGGAUUUAAAGUGUUACAAUAAAUAUUCACUGUAUCUUUUGGAAAAUAGAGAUGUAAAAUGUUUGAAUUGUACAUUAAUUGCUUAUUAAAGAAGGCUGCCUAGACAAAGGGUUCUUAACCUUUUUUGUGUCUUGGACUCCUCAGAAUAAUGUUUUUGAAUGUAUAGGUAUAUAAUUAUUACAAAGGAAAGCAAUUAUAUUGAAUUAGUUAACAAAAACAAUUUUUUUUAAGUUCAUGGACACCAGGUUAAGAACCUAUAAGUAUAUACCAUAAACGAUUACUUUAUGUGGGAAACCAUUUACCCUGCUGUAAAUUUCUCCUGAGAAAGUAAUAACUUCAACAAACAAAUGUAAUAGAUCCUUCUAGCUCUAUGUAGCUUUAAGACAUCAGAUGGAAACCAGCUGAAACUGCAAUUUAAAAGCACAAUAUUUGCCUCAACAGACGAAACUCUUUUUCUACUUAAUAAGAAAUCUGUGUAUCAUUGAAGAAAGACACUGGGUAACUUGUUUCUUUCCUCUUGUAUUUCAUUUUGUGCUGAACUUGUUCGGAGGCCAGUCGGGCUCCUAGCAUCUCCAGCAACAUGGUGUGCUUAAUAUUGACCAUCUUCCCACUCCCUCCCUCCCCUUCCCCUCCAACUCCCACAGCUGGCAGGUCAGUGUUAACAUUUACAUGCCAGUUUACUUUCUCCCCCCUUCCCCAGCUGUUGGGAUGCUGAAAUAAAGGAGCAUCCUGGCUUCAACUCUUCAAA